AAAAGUUUACAGGGUGUAACGUUAAGAAAUGAGCCAGAGACAAUUCUCACGUUUGAAGGAAGAGCAAGAGAAAGCAAUACAAGAAACAAACAUCAAAUUAGAAAAAUGGGAGCAGUUCAAGUCAGAUUAUGUUGCUUUAAAAAGUAGACUUAAAACCCUUCCUGACAAGGUCUCUCAUGAUGUAAUGGUUCCAUUUGGUUCGUUGGCGUUCAUGCCAGGAAAAUUGGUACACACAAAUGAAGUUUUGGUAUUGCUGGGAGAUAAUUGGUUUGUGGAGCGUUCUGCUAAGCAGGCAGCUGCCAUUGUAGACCGUCGUUUGAAAGAUGUUGAGUCUCAGUUAGAUGGAUUGAAGCAACAGAGAAAGAUUUUGUCACCAAGACUGGAAUUUACUACAGAUCUUACAAAGUCUGUCGAGGAACAAGGCGUUGUAGAUAUUACAGAGGAGUAUGACGAGGAGAAGGAGAGUCUCUGGAGAGAACAACAUAGGAAAAGGGUUCAGGACCUGAAGAAAAAGAAACAAGGACCCAGAAAGAGCAGUGGAUUCCAAGACAGGUCAGAAGGUCAGGAAAAGCCAAUGACUGAUGAGCAGCUCUGGGAGAGGCUGGACGAACUUGAGCGGAUAGAAGCAGAAGGAAAUGAGUUACAAAUGCUGGACAUGGAGGAUGAGAUCAAACUCUCUCUACCCCCACAAAGUGAUGAUGAUGAGGAGGAGGAGGAUGAAGAAGAGGAUGAGAGUUCCUUAUCCACCUCAGAUGACAGUGAACAUGAGGGAUCCUCACGGAUAACUUUCACACACACCAAGGUGGAUGAAUCAGAAGAAAAGGAAAACUCUGAUAAAAUUGAAAGUCCAAGAGACAUUUACAGACAGUUCUGUGAAACAAAACCAAAAUCUAUAAUGAAACCCAAUACAAAAGAUGAGCAACAGAAAGUACGAUUGAAGAAAAAGGUAAAAAUGAAGGAAGAUGUCACUCCAGAGGAGAGCAGACAAAAGCGAGGAAUAGCUCAAGGUCCAGUGGCAUUUUCUGGUACUGUAAUAGAAAAGAAACAAGAUCCAUUGGUGAAAACAUUUAAUGCCAGGACAUCAGAUAAAACUGUUGAUCACAUUAACAAGAUGAGAGAUGAAACUAGACAGGAAAGUGUAAAUGUGAAGGACACUACACAGCCUAGACGUGUGUCAAAGUUCAAGGCAGGUAGACAACGAAACACAGAGCCUUCUUAACUCUCACAGCAAGGCUCAUCUCUAUGCUAAAGCCAAUCUAGUUACUGACGUGAUUGUAAAAGAAUAAACAUGUUCUGUUUGUAAUAAAUACAUUGUAUUGAC